AUGCCUGCCUACCUAGCUGCACGAGCAUUUCUUCCUCAGGAACCCCCUCUCGCUAAGGCGCCAUCCGAACCCCGUCUCCGUCGUCUGCUCCUGGUCCCUUAUUUUUUUUGUCCUUUUCGGCUAGAUGGCCAGCUGCACGCAUUGCCCACCCAUCCACUCAGCGCCCCCGGUCUUGUGGAGCUCUCAUGGCAAUGGCGACGGGGAUAUGGACGCCCCUCAUUCUUCCGGGGCGGAUACUUGGAUUUUAUUCCGAAGCUUGAGGGUGGUGGCAUCCCCAAGGCGUUUGAUAGUGUUUCUCGUAGAUUCGAGCUCAAUACGUGUUCUCGCCGCGGAAGGAUCACUUUGCUUCUUCCUCUCCAACGGGCAUCCAUAAAUCCGGCCGGAUGA